AUGUCAAAUACUAAAUUGUUUCAAAUGGAUGACUUCCGUAUUGUGCUCAGUUGUAGCAAUGCUGUUCUACAUCAAUUGAAUAGCUAUGAUAAGAGAUUGGAACUCUUCAAAUAUGCCGUGCAAACUACAAAACAAUCUGAUCCAUCGAAGCAAAAAUAUAGUAUACGAGCAUCGAAUCAAGUUACAUUGAUGUUAAAGCAAUUGAACAAAAAUCAACAACUACUUAAAUUCUUUCAACAGUUAAAUAAUCGUGAUGGAAGUGUGAAUAUUCCUUUGAGUAUGGCAGUCAUUGGAAUCAUGUAUGAUAGACGAAAUCAACUUGAAACAUGCUUUGUAUUUUGUCCUUUUAGUUAUAAGACUACUACAGUCAAUUUGAAUGAUGUCGGCUUUAAUAUUGACGGGCUACAUAAGUACGAUACAACUUACAGCUCUUCUGAAAAAUCACUUGAAAUUGAUCGAUUUCUUCAGUUUAUCUCUGGUUUACAAAGCAAUCGCGAUAAAGAUGAAAAAUCUCUGAAUUUUUAUAAUUCCUCUCUUGACAUAGGAGAAAAAUUCUAUUCAUCGAAUCCUAUCAAUGUUGCUCCAAUGCUAACCUGCCUUGGUAUUGUCCUUCAUCGCCAAGAAAAAUAUGAAGCAGCUUUGAGGAUAUAUAUCUAUGCAAUUACUAUCUUACAGAAAUAUUUUCCUUCAGGUCAUGUAACGGUGGCUUUUAAUUUUGAUAAAAUUGGUCUCAUCUUGAAUCAUCAAACAAAGUAUAAGAAAGCUCUAAAAUUCCACAAAAAAGCACUGAAAAUACGACAGCAACUAUGUCCGCUCAAUUAUGAAGAUAUUUCUGCUAGUCUAUAUAAUAUUGGACUUAUACUUUAUCAACUAGAAUCGUAUGAUAAAGCUAUAGAAUUAUACGGACAAGCAAGAACAAUGCGAGAUAAAAUAUAUCCUCUCGGUCAUACUGGCAUUGUUCAAUGUCUCAAUCGUAUUGGUUUUGCACUUUGUAAGCAAAACAAAUGUGAAGAUGCUCUGGAGUUUCAUCAUCAAGCACUUUUUAUGUUACAAGAAAUACAUCCUUCAGAUCAUGCUGAAAUUAUUACUAGUUUACAUUGUCUUGGUCGUAUAUUUUAUCAACAAUUGAAGUAUGAUGAAGCAUUAUAUUACUUUCAACAAGUUCUUAAAAUUAGACACGAUAUUUAUCCUAACGAUCAUUCGAGUCUGGCUGAAAUUUAUAAUAAUAUUGCUUUGAUAUUAUAUGAUCAAGGUAAAUAUGAUGACGCUCUGCAGUUCUAUCACAAAGCAUUGAAAAUAAUACAAGAUUUUUAUCCGUCUGAUUACACUAAAAUUUCUAAUAGUCUCAACGAAAUUGGUGUUGUAUUGUAUCAACAACUUAAAUAUGAUGAAGCCUUAGAUGCAUUUCAUAAUGCUGUUAAAAUUCAAGAUAAAUUGUGUUCUACCAGUCGUAUCGAUUUGGCAAAUUAUCUCAGCAAUGUUGGUCUUGUUUUGUAUGAUCAAGGAAAAUACGAUGAAUCGCUUCGGUUUUAUAAACGAGCACUUAACCUAACAGAAAAAUACUUACCGUUGGAUGAUUUGAGCAUUGUAGAAGGAUUGACUAGUAUCGGUUAUAUUCUAUGCCAUCAAGAAAAGUUAGAUGAAUCAUUUGAUUUUCAUUAUCGAUCAUUACAACUUCGACAAAAGUAUCAUCCAGCAACUUAUAUUAACAUAAUUAAUAAUUUGAAUAUUUUGGGCUGUAUACGCAAUCAACAAGAACAAUACGAAGAAGCUUUGAAUUUCUAUCAAAGAGCAUUGAGAAUUAGAGUGGCAAACUAUCCUGAUGAUACCAUAAAUGUUGCUAUUAAUCUUGUCAAUAUCGGUGAACUUCUUUUCAAACAAAAAAAGUAUGGCCGAGCUUUAGAGUACUAUCAAAAUGCAUUAAUCAUCCAAGAGGAUUGUUACCCGUAUGGUCAUAUUUCUAUUGUUAAUAGUCUUCAAAAUAUUGGUCGUACCUUUUAUAAUCAAGAAAAAUAUGAUAGAUCGUUAGAAUUCUUUCAGCGUGCUCUAGGAAUGAGAGAGCAAUAUUUCGCUGCUGAUUAUGCAGACAUUGUAGAGAAUCUCAAUAUGAUCGGUCUUGUUUUAUAUCAUCAAAAUCAAUACGACGAAGCUCUGCAUUACCACCAGCAAGCUCUUUAUUUACAGGAAAAAAAUUAUUCUUCUGAACAUAUUUCUAUUGCUGACACUCUCGAUAAAAUUGCGACUAUUUUUCGUGCGAAUGAAGAUUUUAGCAAAGCUUUUGAUUUUUAUCGACGAUCGCUCAACAUAAGAGAACACUAUUACUCUUUCGAUGAUAUUCAUACCAUGGAAAAUCUCGGCAAUAUCGGCCAUACUUUAUAUGAAAAUAGUCAAUAUGAUAGUGCUUUAAAAUACUUUCGACGAAUACUCGGAAUUCAACGUAAACAUACGCCUUCUGAUAAUGUAAACAUCGCAACGACCUUGAACAAUAUCGCUCUGACGCUUUGUCAACAAGGAAAUUCAGAUGAAGCUUUGAGUUUAUGUUCUCAAGCAUUGGAAGUUCGUCGACAAUAUUUGCCUCCUGUACAUCUCGAUAUUACUCAAUCGCUUUAUACUCUCGGUACCAUUUAUUACUUCCAAGGCAACUAUGAAAAAGCGCUCGAACAUUUUCAGCAAUCUCUGCGAAUUAAAGAACAAUUAUUUGCUCCCGAUCAUCUCAGCUGCGUUGGUGAUCUUAAUAAUAUUGGUAUGAUUUUGAAUCGCCUAGGAAAAUAUAAUGACGCUUUAGAUUAUCAUCAAAAAGCACUCGUAAUACAAAAUAAACAUUAUCCAAUGGGACAUGUAAAAAUUUCCGUCAGCCUUAAUCAUAUCGGUUUAACACUUGGUUAUCAAGAGGACUACGACGAAGCGCUUCUAUUAUGUACGAAUGUUUUAGAAACGAGAAGAAAACGAUAUCCACCUGCUCAUAAAAAUAUAUCUGAUAGUCUCUAUAGUAUUGGCAGGAUUCUUUAUCUGAAAAAAGACUAUGAUACCGCUCUUGAUUAUUUCCGAGAAGCGUUAGAAAUUAGAAAAAAAUAUUAUCAGCACGAUAGUAUUGAAAUUGCUGAAUGUCUAAACGUUAUCGGUACGAUAUGUUAUGUAAAAGGUAAUCUCGACGAAGCUUAUGAAAUGCAACAGCAAGCACUUAACAUUCAACAAACGUUCUAUCCACCGACUCAUCUAGAUAUUGCUGUUAGCUGUGAAAGUCUUGGUAAAAUCUAUUAUGAUCAAGAAAGAUACGGAGAAGCAACGGUAUUCUUUCGACGCGCAAUCAAUAUCAGAAAAACUUCGAAUACAUAUGAUGAUAAUGUUGUUGCAGAUAUUCUUAUUUUUAUCGGCUUUGCCUAUCGUAACCAGUACGAUACUGAUCAUGCUCUUGAAAAUUUCCAAAAAGCGCUUUGGCUGAAAAACAAAUACGCACCCAAUGACCGGCAAUCCAUAGCGACCACUCUUGAAGGUUUAGCAGUUGUUUACAAUGAUAAAGGCUAUUAUCAAAAUGCACUUCAACAUGCUUUAGAAUGUUUAACAAUUCGCGAAGCGCUUUUACCUAAACGUCAUAUUGAUAUUGGCACAAGUUUGAAUCUUGUGGCUGAGUGUUAUGCUAAUAUUCUCAAUCGAAAUAUGGCAAUUGAAUAUCAUCAACUGGCGUUAGAUGUUUUCCGGAAAAGUCUAUCGACUGACGAUCCGAUUAUUGAGACAACAGAAAAAAAUAUUAGCCAACUUAAAAAACCUGCACAUUCAUGGUUUUCGCGUGGGCGAAAAUGUAUACUUAAAUUUAAAAAACGAUUGUUUUCUUCCUAA